AUUUAUUUGAAUGACUUUUAAAUUUAAAGCAAUUAUUAAUGCAUUUUAAUGUAAGAAUGUAUUGAUUGUAUUGAUUGCUAACAAAUGCAUUGAAUGUUAAUAUCAAUCAAAGCGUGCAAUCAAUUGAUCGUUCAUUCAUUGCAUUUAUUUGGUCGCCGAAGAGUUCAUUUAGUCAGACAAAUGGCCAACACUUUGGACGGACUCGUCUUCGACAACAAAGCCCUUCGGUGUCUACCACUGGAUCCGAUUGAAGACAAUUAUGUGCGAACAGUUGAUAAUUCUUGCUUUUCUCGGGUCAAACCGACACCGUUGGCGAAUCCACGGCUAGUCUCACAUUCGUUGUCCGCAUUAAAUCUCAUUGAUAUCGACGAAGAAGAGGUCCGACGACAAGAUUUUGUGCAAUAUUUUUGUGGAAAUGAAUUACUGAAUGGAUCGGAGACAGCGUCUCAUUGUUAUUGUGGCCAUCAAUUCGGUGUUUUUGCGGGACAGUUGGGUGACGGGGCAGCUAUAUAUUUGGGUGAAAUUAUUAACAAUUCGGGUCAAAGAUGGGAACUACAGUUGAAAGGCGCGGGACUGACGCCAUAUUCACGCGAAGCUGACGGUCGCAAAGUGUUGCGGUCGAGUGUCCGCGAGUUUCUAUGCAGUGAAGCCAUGCAUUAUUUGGGUGUUCCGACCACACGAGCGGCCACUUGUAUUAUCUCAGACGAUAAGGUCGUACGCGAUAUGUUUUAUACAGGAGAAGCAAAACAUGAAAACUGUUCAAUAAUAUCACGAUUGGCGCCAACUUUCAUCAGAUUUGGCUCAUUUGAAAUUUUCAAAACUAUUGAUCCUAUGACUGGACGCCGAGGACCAAGUGUUGGCCGCAAAGAUAUUCUUCUAAUACUCACUAAGUAUACAAUUGAAACGUUUUUUCCUGAAAUCGAUAGUUUGAAGGAUUUAUCAGAUGUAGAAAAAUAUAAAUUGUUUUAUAAAGAAGUUGUCGUUAAAACAGCAGAAUUGGUUGCCUUCUGGCAGACUCUGGGUUUCUGUCACGGAGUUCUCAAUACUGAUAAUAUGAGUAUAUUAGGUCUGACUCUAGACUACGGGCCAUUCGGUUUUAUGGACCGAUUUGAUUGGGAUCACGUGCCCAAUACGUCCGACGACGGCGGGCGCUACUCAUACGCAAAACAACCGGAAAUAUGUAAAUGGAAUCUCUUUAAGUUUGCUGAAGCUCUUCAACCAAUUGUCUCUUUAAAUGAUUUGCAAGAAAUUCUUGAAAAUACUUAUUACGAUGUAUUUAAUAGAGAAUAUACUGAGAAAAUGCUGAAAAAGUUUGGAUUAUUCAAGAGUUUAGAUAAAACAAGUGGUGAUCUCUUAUGUGAUGUCGAACUAUUCAAAUCAUUUUUGGAUACAAUGGAGAAAACUGGCGCUGACUUUACUAACUGUUUUCGUUCACUUAGUUUAAUAAAUGUUUGUCAUCUAAAAGAUGGUCAACAGAUUGUAGAAGACUUGAAGACAGCGCUGUUGUCUGAGUGCUGCUCUUUAGAAGAAAUAAUUAAUGCAAACGAAGCCAUUUUUGAUACAAAUGAGUUUCAAUUAUUUUUAGCGUUAUUACAAACUAAUCCACAAUUACUGGAAAUGUUAGGCAAAGGACCCAAAGCUAUUGAAAGGGUUUUAUCUAAGAUUGAAAAAACUAAAGAAUUGAAAAGCAUGACUUCUGAACAAAAAUUAUCUGAAGACACAGAGAUUUGGGAGAAAUGGAUUGACAAUUAUGUUAAACGAUUAGAGUUUGAAAUCAAAGAGUUUAUGAAUGAUUCGCAACAAUUGAUUGAAUUUAAUUUAAGAAGAGUUCAAAUGAUGAAUGAAAAUAAUCCAAAAUAUAUUUUACGCAAUUAUUUAGCUCAGGAGGCCAUCGAUAGCGCAGAAAAUGGGGAUUUCGGUGCUGUUAAUCAAUUGCUGAAAGUGUUAGAAAACCCAUUCAAAGAUUGUGAUAAUUGUGAGAAUAAGGAUUACUCGCGACGACCGCCUAAUUGGGCCAAUAAGUUGAAGGUUUCCUGUUCUUCGUAAAACAUUAUUAAUUAACAUAUAAUUAUGAAUCUAAUAAUAAAUUUGUUUAUUAACACG